UGAAGGAGUGAGGCAUUGUGGAGCUGUGGCAGCGUUUGUUGUGAUCAUGUUAUGAUGAUAACUCUCGUCUGCCUUCUCUCCCUUCAUCACUGAGGACGUUAUCUCUGAUAACUAGGCAUGAGUCACCUGGAGAAUGGCUCUGUGGUGUGGGUGCGGCUGGGGCAAGCAUGGUGGCAGGAACCAUCACCACCGUGCCAAAUGCCCACCCGAGUAUAUCCAGGGACUCCGCAAGAUGCUCUAGCCAUUGUUAAAUUUUUCCAUGAAAAUGAAUUUCAAGAUGUUCACAAAUCAGAGCACAUAUUCCCAUAUAACUGUGAGCGCAAAGAAGAAUUCAUCAGGAGAGGACAAUGUAUCAACAGAAACCAGAGUCAUGGAGAAGUGGAUCUGUUAACCAAAUUUGAAGCAGACGUAGUGACUGCUGAGAAGCUAACAGGAGGGGACAUGAACAUCCUACAGACCUUGGGCGAGGUUGCGGGUAAGCGCAGAAUAGACUAUAGUGACCUGGGUUUUGGAUCGCCGAAACUUAAGAAGAAAAAAGAGGAGGGUGUCAAGAGGGGAUCAGAUAUUGGGCAAGCUGUUGUGUACAAGAUGGUUGGCAGCAGAAGUGUGGGUAAUAAGCUGCAGAGGGUUGUGAUUGAACAUAAGGUGCGUAUUCUUGAGCAGCCUAGGAGAGAGAAUGCUGAAGAAGAUAUGCGUACUGCAUCAAAAUGGUUCAAGUGUUCUAGGUGUGGUUUUACAUGUACCAGAUUGAAUGUAAUUAUUUGGCACAAUAAAGCACACAUAAACAAGGUUUUUAAUUAUGAUACAGGUAUCAAGAUACCUGGGAGAAGGAAAAGAAAACAAGGUACCCCAAAAUCAAACAAAGAUUCGAAAAAGAAGGCCAAAACUGCAAAAGGUAAAGAGAAUUUGGACCAUGCACACACCAAUGGGGAAAUAUCAGGUUCUAAGAAGGACAUUCAAGAUACACAGCAACUAUUGAUGGAUUGGGAUGAUGAUGAUGAUGAUGGAAUGGAUGGUGAAAGAUCUAAAACCCUUCCUGGAGGCUUAGAUAAAGAGGAAACAAAUAAUAAUUCAGAUGAUGGCUACAGUGACAUUGAGGAUUAUCCUCCUCCACAGCCAAAGUAUGAAAGAAGACCCAUGCCAAAGGCUUCUGAUGUCAAUUCUGCAUUUGAUGCUCUGCUUGCAGCCACACCUGCAAAUCCAGUUACUCCCUCCUCCAGUCAGACUUCAAAUUACAUAAAUAAUGAUUCGGAUAGUGAUUACAGUGACUGGGAAAAAUAUUAUGCAAGGGAUUCUGGGUCAGGGUCUGAAGACGAAGAAGUGGAGCAAGAGAGUGACAUUAAGUCUCUCUGUGAAGGGAAGGAAGGAAAGGCAGAGGGAGGUGAGGAUGCAAAUUCUCAGGCAAAACAGGAAGAAAAGGAUAAUGUUGCAGUGUGUGUAAGAGCAGAACCCGUAGGUGAAACAGACCAUGAGGAGCAUAUGGAAAAUACUCCAUCACCUAAAAUUGAUAAUGUAGAAGAUGGCAAAUCUCGAUUCCAUAGUUACAAUUAUCAACAAGAGGAGCUGACCCCAGAGCCUGAGGAAGAUGAAAUAAAACAAAGCACUUUAAACACACAUUAUGAACCAACAGAGAAUAUAGGUGAACCAACAGAGAAUAUAGGUGAACCAACAGAGAAUACAGGUGAACCAACAGAGAAUAUAGGUGAACCAACAGAGAAUAUAGGUGAACCAACAGAGAAUACAGGUGAAUCAACAAACUAUACCAGUGAAGCUGUGGAAGAGAAUGGUGAACCAUCAGAAAUUACAAACGAAUCUACUGACGUGAAUGAACUGUCUCAUUAUACUGAUAGAUCACCUGAAGAUGUUGAUAAAUCAUACGAUGAGGUUGAGAAACCUCCUGAAGUUAGUCAUGAAUCGACUGAGGUUAGUCAAGAACCCAGUGAAGGUAUUUUUGAAUCCAGUGAAAGUAUUUUUGAACCAAGCAAAGAUAUUUUUGAAUCAACACAAAACACUGAUAAAUUAGUGGAAGACACUGAUAAACCAGCAGAAGACACAGAUAAAACAGAAGAUGCUGAUGAAACAGCAAAAGGUACUGAUAAACCAGCAAAAGACAUUUAUGAGCCAGCAGAAGACAUUUAUGAGCCAGCAGAUGAAAUUUAUGAACCAGCAGAAGACAGCUAUGAGCCAGCAGAUGAGACUGAUAAAUCAGAAGACACUUAUGAACCAGCAGAAGUCACAUACGAACCAGCAGAAGCUGAUAAGCCACCGGAAGAGGUUUACAAACCAGUUGAAUGCCUUGAACCAAUUGAAGACUCUUCAGAUGAUAAAGAAGAUGCCUUUAGUGGUACUGCAGCUGAAGACAGUGUUGCACCACAUGAUCACUCUAAUCCUUUAGAUGAAUAUUCAGAAGAACCAGAUGAUCGUACUUGUGAAUUGUCCAUUUGCCAGCCUGUUGAGGAGACCAAUGAGUCAAGCAAUGACAUUGAACAACUAACUCAAAAUAUUGACAAAUUAAAUAAAAAUAUAGAGGAAUUUACACAAAAUCUUAAUGUCACUCUGGCUGAGAGUGCAGCAGUUGUUGAUAAUGCUCAUGAAAUGAGAGUGAAAGAGAGUAGGUAUGAAUCUGUGGAGAGUAUUUCUGAUUCAGUUUCUUAUGCCCCAGAGCCCCCACACUCAAAGACAGACACUGAACUUGAAGAUGCGGUCGAUCCAGGGAAGACAAGUGAUGUUCCAACACCCUCAAGUUCAGGUACAACUUAUAUGUUGGUAGCAGUAGAUGCUCAUGGUAACACUGUGCCUACUGUUCCUACACCAGCUCUUAGUGAGGGCGGUAAUGACCUUGUAGCUGUGGAAGCUACCAUGGAGGAUGGUACUACGCGCACACUAUACAUAGAUCCUUCACAGUUGGGCCCAAAUGUAGACUUAAAUAAUUUAAUGCUUCAUAUUGAUUCAAGUGGUCAGGAGCAUGUUAUCAUCCCAUCAUCAUCGUCGUCCGAUUCAGAAACUCCAAGUCAAGAAUUACCCUCGACAAAUACCCACGACCUUCAAAGUAUUUCAGAGACCUCAAAUACAGAAGUACCAUAUCCAGCCGAAACACAUGGCUAUGAUCAGAUGAAUUAUGUAGAACCCACAAGGGCUGAUCAUUACAGCCCUGCUCGGCCAGAAGAGGACGCAUGUAGAUCACCCCACAACACACAGAGUAACCCCACGAAUCCCCGUCUAGAAUUGGAUUAUACGUUAAUAACUCACAAGCUGAUGACUUCCUCUGACUCCUUGUGUUCACCGUGUGUUGCCAAUGAUGAUUAUAUACAAAGACCCCAGGGGAGUUUGUGGCCAGAGCUAGGAGAGGGAGUCACUGAGGGACAUAAAGCUCGUUCUGAGGUUGACUCUAACUCUUGUAAGGUGAGAAACCCCCACAGUAAUGACCAAAAGCAGAGGAAUUAUUCUCAAACCAAUGAUGAUCAAAUUCCUCAAGAGCUAAAUGAACCAAACAGGCCCUUAAUCAAUUACCAUAAAUUGACAAGUCAUAGCUCAAAUGAGAAUGAAUUGAAAGCUGUAUGUGAACACACCGAUUCUAGCUCACACCUACCUGUAAAGGAGUAUCCCAGCAGUGUUGUAGCAGAUCUAGAAGACAGUAACAGUGCUAAUGUUAGUAAGAAGGUUAAGUGUCUCCAAGAACCUGUGAAGGAAUCCAACACUGGUAAAGAGGAUUUGGGUAAGGAAGCUAAAAAGCAUGAAGAUUUUCCUGGUAGUAAUAUGCAGACCUGCAGAUAUAGUCCUAAAAAAGCUGUUGUUCAAAGUAGUACACUGAAGCAGAAGCAUGGUGACACCAUCAGUCUUACUUGUCAGGAACUUCAAGAGAAAAAGCAUUAUGGUGAAGCACAAGAUAAAAAGAUAACUAAUACUGCUACAGUAGCAGGUCAGAUACAUUACUGGAAAGAAGAAACUAGUGCUACUGAAGCCAGUGAAAGUGAGAUGAAUUAUGUAGAGGAUAGUGAUAGUGAGGACAGUGACCUAGCUCAAAUCGGCCCUAUUGAAGCGGAUGAAGAUAGUGAAAGUGAGGACAGUGACUUGGAACAAAUCAGUACCAGUGAAGUAGAUGAAGGUCAGAUUCAGUACGAGGAGAUCAGUGAAAGUGAAGAAAGUGACAUAGAACAAAUCAGUACCAGUGAAGUAGAAGAAGGUCUGAAAUAUUAUGAAAUAAGUGAAAGUGAGGAGGGAGACUUUGAAGAAAUAACUACUAGUGAAGCAGACGACAGUCAGACACACUACGAAGAAAUGCGCUUGAGCAAAGACUGUGUCCUAGAGCAAAUUAAUACCCGUGAAGCAGAUGAAGGUAAGAUGAAUAAUUUGGAAAACAUUGAUAGUAGUAGUAUACAAUCUGAGGAAGACAGUACAAGUGAGGACAGCCUAGAGCAAAUGUUUACCACUGAUGAAGAUGACAGAGAUUUUCAUAGUAAUGCAAAGCAUCAUGAAAAAAAAAUUCUCAUGGAAAUAAAGAAGAGUAAAGUUCGAUAUGAAAAAAGUAUUAGAGAAGACAAGGAACUCAUUCAUACUACUGAACCAAGUUGGCUCUGUAAUGAGGAAGACAUUAGAUGUGUGCAGAAAGAUCAGAAUCUCCUGCUUACUACUGAAGAUGAAAUUGGUGUGAUACAUCAUGAAGAAAACAGUGGAAGAGGGAAGAUGGAUAAGCAAAUUCUUAUUCCUGAAGCAAGUGACACACCUGGUGGGAAAAGCAGUGGAGAGGAAAAUAAUCAAAAGCAAAUUCUUGCAGUUGUAGCAGGACCGACACCUAAACAGGGAGAAAAUGAAAGAGAUAACAAACAAGAGCCAGGUCUUACCACUGAAGCUAGUGAGUUGGAAGAUGACAGUGACCAAAAGUACACUCCUAGCCCUGACAGUGACCAGAAGUGCACUCCUAGCCCUGAAGCCAAUAUGUCUCUUGCUUUGCAAAAUGAUGGAAGAAAAGACAAUAAACAAGAGAAAGAUUUUGCCAGUAAAAUUAUUCAGGAUGAUCUGGAUGACGGUGAAAUUGAUGACGGUGAUCACGCCCAAUUCCUUAACACUGAAACCAAAGUAGUUCGUGAUCUUGAAGGUAGUGGUGGGGAGGACAGUGAUCAAGAAGAAUUCCUUAAAACUGAAUCAAGCCAAAUUCUUUUAAAAGAAACUGGAAGUCAAGGCAGUGAUCAGAAACAGAUUUUUACCGCUGAUGAAAGAAAAGUUCAUAAUUGGGAAGACAGUGGAAGAGAGGACAUUGAUCAACAGCAAUUACUAAUUAGUGACUCAAGCCAGAAUCAUGAUCUGGAAGACACUAGAAUAGAGGACAAAGAACACAUUCUUAGUAUUCAUACACAGCAGGUUAGUGAUUUAGAUAUUGAAAGAAAAGACAUAGUUCAAGACCAAAUUCAUACCACUGAAGCAGAUGGUCAAGUACAUUAUAAGAAUAACAGUGGAAAAGAGGACAUUGAUCAUGGACACAUGCCAAUCACUAAAUCAAGCCAAGACCAAGAUCAGCAAGAUACUGGAAGGGAGGACAGCAGUGAAAAACAAAUUCUUGCUACUGAAACUAGAUAUGUUAGUGAUUUGGAAGACAAUGAGAGAGAGGAGGAUAAGCAAGAGCAGAUUUUUACCAUCAGAUCAAGUCUGACUUUUGGGCUGGAUGAUAGUGAUCAAGAGAAUAUUCCUAACACUGAAACAGAUGGGGGUCAAAAGUAUUACAAGGUAGACUGUGGAAGGCAAGGCAGUAAUCAAGAGCAAAUGCAGACCAUUGCUGAAACAAGUUGCAUAAAUAUUUGGAAAAAUGGUGAAGAGGCUGGUAAUGAUCAAAAGAAUUUUCUUGCCAUUAAAGAAAGUCAAGGUCAUUUUUUGGAAGAUACUGGAAGGGAGACCAUGGAUCAAGAGGAAAUAUUAACCACUGAAUCAAGCCAAGAUCAUGACCUGGAAAACAGUGAUAGUGAUAACAGUGAUCAAGAUGAAUUUCUUACUCCUAAAACAAAAGAGGAUAAUGAUCUGGAAGACAGUGAAAAUGAGAAUAAUGAUCAUCAACUUCUUAACCUUGAAGUGGAGCAGGAUGAUGAUGUGGAAGGCAGUGAAAGUGAUGACAAUGAUCAAGCCCAGCUUUUUAUCCCAGAAAUAAAACAAGUUUAUGGUUUUGAAGAUAGGGGAGGAGAGGACACUGAUCAAGAAGAACUUCUUAAAACUGCAUCAGACAUGAUUAACUUAAAAAGAACUGAAAGUCAAGACAAUGACCAGGAAGAAAGCCAAACCACCAUAGCAAGUGAGAGCCAUGCUCUGGAGGACAGUGUAAGAGAAAGUAAUGAUCAAGAGGAAAUAUUAACCACAGAAUCAAGCCAGGAUCUUGAUCAGGAAGAUACCAGAAGAGGGAACAGUGAUCAUGAACACAUUCCUAUCACUAAAGUAAGUCAGGUACAUAGUUGCAAAAGCUGUGAAAAGGAGAGCAGUGAACAAAAGAAUUUUCUUGCUGUUGAAGAGAGUGAAGUUCGUUCUCUGGAAGACACUGGAAAAGAGAACAGUGAUGAGCAAAUUCAUUUCUUGAGAGCUAGUCAGGUUCAGGAUAUAAUAAACAAUGAAAGAGAGAAUAUUGAUAAAGAUCAAAUAAUAAUUACUGGAACAAGCCAGGAUCAUGACCAGGAAGACCUUAAAAGAGAAGAAAUGGAUCAAGCACAAAUGCCAGUCACUGAAUCAAGCCAAGUUCAUGAUCUGGAAAGCAGUGGAAAUGAUGAAAGCAAUCAAUAUCAGUUGGUUAGCACUGAAGUAAAACCAAUUAAUGAGCUUGGAAAUAGUGGGGGAGAGGACAGUGAUCAAGAGGAAAUAAUUGAAAUUGAAUCAAGCAAAAUUCACUUUAAAGAACUUGAAAGUCAAGUCACAGACCAGGAGCAAAUUCUUACCACUGAAGCAAAUGAGUUUCAUGAUCUAGAAGACAGUGGAAGAGAGCACAUAGAUCAAGACCAAAUUCUACUCACUGAAUCAAGCCAAGUUCAUGAUCUGAAAGAUACUAGAGUAGAGGACAGUGAUGAGCAGAUUUUUGCUACUGAGGUAAGACAGAUUAGUGAUUUGGAAGACAGUGAGAGAGAGGAGGAUGAGCAAGAGCAGAUUUCUACCACCAGAUCAAGUCUGACUUAUGGGCUAGAUGACAGUGAUCAAGAGAAUAUUCUUAACACUGAAACAGAAAAAGAUCAAAAGUAUUACAAGGUAGUGUGUGGAAUAGGGGGCAGUAAUCAAGAACAAAUGCAGAUCCCUGAAGCAAGUCAUACUCAUGUUUGGGUAAACAGUGGAGAGGUGAGCAAUAAUUGUAAAACUUUUCUUGCCACUGAAAAAAGUAAAGAUCAUUAUCUGGAAGACACCUUAAGAGAGGAUAUAGAUCAAGAGCAAAUACUAACCACUGAAUCCAGCCAGGAUCAUGACCUGGAAGACAGUGAAAGUAGCAACAGCAAUGAAAAAGAAUUUCUUGCCCCUGAAAUAAGAGAGGAGGAUGAUCUGGAAGAAAUUGAAAAUGACUACAAUGAUCAAAAUCAACUUCUUACCCCUAAGAUACAACAUGAUCAUGACCAGGAAGCCAGUAAAAGUGAUGCCAGUGAUCAAAUUCAGUUUUUUACCUCAGAAAUAAAAGUUCAUGAUUUUGAAGAUGGGGGUGGAGAGGACAGUCAUCAAGAAGAAAUUCUUAAGACUGAACCAAACCAUACUCACCAUCUGGAAAACACUGGAAGAGAGGACAGUGAUGAAAAAAAAAUUCUAACCACUAGAGCAAGGCAGGCUAGUGAGUUGGAAGACAGUGAAAGAGAGGAAGAUCAGCAAGAACACACUAUUACAACUGAAUCAAGUUUGAUCUAUGCUCUGGACACCAGUAAUCAAGAACCUGUUUUUAACACUCAGACUGAUGAAGGUCAGAAGUAUGAGGUAGACAGUGGAAGAGAUGGGAGUGGUCAAGCGCAAGUUCUUGUCGCUGAAGCAAAUUGGUCAUCUCAUUGGAAAAACAGUGAUGAGGGCAAUAAUCAAAAAGAAAUUCUUUCCACAGAAGCAUGUCAAGCUUAUGAUCUAGGUGAUGGGAGAGAGUAUAAUGUGCCAGUAGAAAUGUGUGCCACUGAAGCUGGUCAGGUGUAUCAUAUAAGAGACCAUGGAAGAGAGGACAGUGAUCAAAUGCAAAUCUUCUCUACUGAAGUAUGUCAGACUCAUGAUCUGGAAGACAGUGGAAGAGAGGACAAUGAUCCAACACAGAUUCUUGAUACAGAAGCAAACGAGGUUCAUGAGAUCAGUAGAGAAGACAUUGAUCAAACAAAGACAGAGGCCAGUCAAGUUCAUGAUCUAAAAGAGAGUGGAAAAGAAGACAGUAAUCAUGAGCUCAUUCGUGCCACUGAUGGUCAAGUAUAUUAUGAGACUGAUAGGGAAAGUAAGGCCAGUGUUCAACAACAUAGUCCUACCAUUGAGACAAGUCAAACAUAUUCUUGGGAAAGUAGUGAUAAUGGGAAGGAUCAAGGGCAAGUUCAAAGCACUGAAUCAUCCCAUGAUCAUAAUCUGGAAGAUGGUAGGGGAAAGGAUAAUGAUCAGGAAGAAACUCUUAUCACUAAAUCAAGGCAGGGUCAUGAUCAGGAAGACAGCAAUGAGGAUUUUAUUCUUACUACUGAAUCAAAUCGGAUUCAUGAUCAGGAAGACAGCAAUGAAGAUUUUAUUCUUACUACUGAAUCAAGGCAGGUUCAUGAUCCAGAAGACAAGGAUCAAGAGUUUAUUCUUCACACUGAUGCAAGUCAGAUUCAUGAUCUGGAAGACACUGAAAAAGAAGACAGUCAUGACAACAUUCAUGUCAGUGAUGGUCAAGUAUAUUAUGUGGUCGGUGGUGAAAGUGAGGCCAGUGUUCAAAAUUAUAUUCCUACUGCUCAGGCAAGUCAGACACGUUCUUUGGAAUGUAGUGAUGAGAGUGACCAAGGGCAAGCUCAGACCAUUGAUUCAACCCAUGGUCAUGAUCUGGAAGACAGUGGGAGAGAGGCUAAUGUUCAGGAAGACACUUGUACCACUGAAUCAAGACAUGUUCAUGGUCAGGGACAUAAUGUUCAAGAGCUUAUUUUUACCACUGAAUCAAUACAGAGACAUGAACUUGACGAGAAGGAUCAAGGGCAUAUUCUUACUACUGAAUCAAGGCUGGUUCAUAAUCAGGAAGACAGCAGCCAAGAAAUUACUCUUACUAAUGAAACAAGGAAGAUUCAUGAUUUAGAAGACAAAUAUCAAGAGUUGAUUCUUGACACUAAAGCAAGUGAGGUUCAUGAUAUUGAAGGCAGCAGGAGAGAGGCCAAUAAAACACAGGUACUUAUCUUUGAGGAAGAUGAAGUAAGUAAUUUAGAAAACAGUGAAAAAGAUAACAGCUGUCGAGAGCAAAUUUGUACCACUGAAACAGAUACGGAACAAGUGCAAUAUGAGAAAAAUAGUCAGGAGGAGGACAUUGAUGAGGUGCAAAACCUUGCUUCCAACACAAGCCAAGUGAGUAAUUUUGAAGAUGGUGAGCAAGAAGAAGUCCUUAUGACAGAAGCAAAUCAGGUUCAUGAUCUGGAAAGCAAUGGAGAAGAUGACAACAAUCAUGAGUUCAUUCGCAUCACUGAUGGUCAGGUACAAUUUGAGGUUGAAAGUGAGAGCGAGGCCAGUAUUCAAAAUUGUAUUCCUACCACUGAGGCAAGCCAGUCCUGUUGUUAUGAAAUUACUGAUAAUGACAGGGAGAAUCAAACCAUUGAAUCAAACGAUGAUUAUAAUCUGGAAGACAGUGGGAGAGAGGAUAAUGAUCAGGAAGAAAAUCUUACCACUGAAUCAAACCAUGAUCAUAAUCUGGAAGACAGUGGAAGAGAGGAUAAUGAUCAGGAAGAUCUUACCACUGAAUCAAACUAUGAUCAUAAUCUGGAAGACAGUGGAAAAGAGGAUAAUGGUCAGGAAGAAAAUCUUAUCACUGAAUCAAACCAUGAUCAUAAUCUGGAAGACAGUGGAAGAGAGGAUAAUGAUCAGGAAGAAAAUCUUACUACUGACUCAAACCAUGAUCAUAAUCUGGAAGACAGUGGGGGAGAGGAUAAUGAUCAGGAAGAAGAUCUUACCACUGAAUCAAACUAUGAUCAUAAUCUGGAAGACAGUGGAAAAGAGGAUAAUGGUCAGGAAGAAAAUCUUAUCACUGAAUCAAACCAUGAUCAUAAUCUGGAAGACAGUGGAAGAGAGGAUAAUGAUCAGGAAGAAAAUCUUACUACUGACUCAAACCAUGAUCAUAAUCUGGAAGACAGUGGGGGAGAGGAUAAUGAUCAGGAAAAAAAUCUUACCACUGACUCAAACCAUGAUCAUAAUCUGGAAGACAGUGGGGGAGAGGAUAAUGAUCAGGAAGAAAAUCUUACCACUGAAUCAAGACAGAUUUGUGAAGUGGAAGAUAAUGAUCAAGAUCUUAUGCUUACCACUGACUCAAAGCAUAAUCAUGAUUUGGGAGACAAGGAUGAAUAUUUUAUUCUUACUACAGAAGCACAGAACAUUGACGAUAUCGAAAACAGUAGGGUAGAGGACAGUAAUAACGAACAAGUACUGUUAUUUGAGGAAAAUCACAUGAGUAAUUUGGAAAACAGUGAGGAAGAUACAAGUGAUCAAGGACAAGUUUGUACUACUGAAGCAGAUUUAAGGCAGUUAUGUUAUUGUGAUGAGAGAGAGAGUGAGGACAGUGGUCCAGAACUAAUGCUUAGCCCUGAAUCAGAGGAUACUGAAAGCCAAACGCAAUACGAGAAAGGUAAUGUUAGAGAGUAUAGCAAAUAUAUUCUUUCUGAUGCAAGUCAUAUUCAUGAAGAUGAUGGAGGAGAGGGCAGUAAUAAAAAUGAUAUUCUUACCACUGAAGCAGGUCAUAUUCAUUAUGAUGCUAGAGGAGGGGGGGAUAAUAAAGAUAAUUCUUUCACCACUGAAGUAAGUCAUAUUCAUAAUGAUAAUACUGGAGGAGAGGAUGAAAAUGAUUCUCUCACCACUGAAGCCAGUCAUAUUCAUGAUGAUACUGAAGGAAAUGACAAUAAUAUAGAUGAUAUUCUCACCACUGAAGUAAGUCAUAUUCAUGAUGAUGGAAGAGAGGACAUUAUUAAAGAUGAUUCUCCCACCACUGAAGUAAGUCAUAUUCAUGAUGAUCAUGAUGGAAGAAAGGACAUUAUUAAAGAUGAUUCUCCCACCACUGAUGUAAGUCAUAUUCAUGAUGAUGAUGAUGGAAGAGAGGACAUUAUUAAAGAUGAUUCUCCCACCACUGAGGUAAGUCAUAUUCAUGAUGAUGAUGGAAGAGAGGACAUUAUUAAAGAUGAUUCUCCCACCACUGAUGUAAGUCAUAUUCAUGAUGAUGAUGAUGGAAGAGAGGACAUUAUUAAAGAUGAUUCUCCCACCACUGAGGUAAGUCAUAUUCACGAUGAUGAUGAUGGAAGAGAGGACAUUAUUAAAGAUGGUUCUCCCACCACUGAAGUAAGUCAUAUUCACGAUGAUGAUGAUGGAAGAGAGGACAUUAUUAAAGAUGAUUCUCUCACCACUGAAGUAAGUCAUAUUCAUGAUGAUGAUGAUGGAAGAGAGGACAUUAUUAAAGAUGAUUCUCCCACCACUGAAGUAAGUCAUAUUCAUGAUGAUGGAAGAGAGGACAUUAUUAAAGAUGAUUCUCCCACCACUGAAGUAAGUCAUAUUCAUGAUGAUGGAAGAGAGGACAUUAUUAAAGAUGAUUCUCUCACCACUGACGUAAGUCAUAUUCAUGAUGAUGGAAGAGAGACUUAUUAA